AUGGCACCGAAGUAUGAAUGGUGGGCCAAAGGAAACAACAACCGGAAAGGCACUCCGGUCGUCGUCAAAAUGGAAAACCCUAACAACUGGUCAAUGGUGGAGCUCCAGUCACCGUCCGAGCAAGACUUCCUCGUCGAAGGCCGCCGUGAGAAAUCUCGCAACAAGAACGCGAGACAGCUCACAUGGGUCCUCCUCCUCAAAGCUCACCGCGCCGCCGGCUGUCUCACUUCCCUCGGCUCAGCAUUAAUCGCUCUCGGCACCGCCGUACGCCGUCGCAUCGCCGCCGGCCGUACAGACACCGAAACCUCCUCCUCCUCCUCUUCCUCCUCCUCUCUAACCAUCCCCAAACAGAAACCGAGAUUCCUCUACUCGUGCCUAAAGCUGUUCCUAUGGCUUUCCUUAACGCUUCUAGCUUUCGAAGCCGCUGCGUACUUCAAAGGAUGGCAUUUCGAAACGCCGAAGCUUCAGCUUCAGUUUAUCUUCACAAUGUCUCCUUUCGCCACCAAAGCCUUGUUCGAUUGGGUUUACACUCACUGGGUCCUGCUCCGCGUCGAGUAUCUCGCUCCGCCGCUUCAGUUCCUCGCUAAUGCUUGCAUCGUCCUCUUCCUCAUCCAGAGCCUCGACAGACUCGUCCUCUGCUUGGGCUGUUUCUGGAUCCGCUUCAGAAAAAUCAAACCCGUCCCUAAAUCAUCACCGUCGGAUCUCGAAUCCGGCGACAAUGGCCAAUUCCUCCCAAUGGUUCUUGUUCAAAUCCCAAUGUGUAACGAAAAAGAGGUUUAUCAGCAAUCGAUUGGGGCGGUGUGUAACUUAGACUGGCCAAAAGAAAAGAUUUUGAUUCAGAUUUUGGAUGACUCUGAUGAUCCAAUCACGCAGAGUCUGAUAAAAGAAGAGGUUCACAAAUGGCAGAAGGAAGGUGCGCGUAUCGUGUAUCGUCACCGUGUGAACAGAGAAGGCUACAAAGCUGGGAAUCUCAAGUCCGCCAUGAACUGCAGCUACGUCAAGGACUACGAGUUCGUUGCCAUUUUCGACGCUGAUUUUCAGCCUUUACCUGAUUUCCUCAAAAAGACAAUUCCUCAUUUCAAGGACAAUGAGGAGCUAGGGCUGGUACAGGCGAGAUGGUCGUUUGUGAACCAGGAAGAGAACUUGUUGACGAGAUUACAGAACAUAAACUUGGCGUUUCACUUUGAGGUUGAGCAGCAAGUGAACAGCGUCUUCUUGAACUUCUUCGGGUUCAAUGGGACAGCUGGCGUGUGGAGGAUCAAGGCCUUGGAAGACUCCGGUGGUUGGCUCGAGAGAACUACCGUCGAGGACAUGGACAUUGCCGUUCGUGCUCAUCUCCAUGGCUGGAAAUUCAUCUUCCUUAAUGACGUUGAGUGCAUUUGCGAAAUACCGGAGUCGUAUGAAGCUUACAGAAAGCAGCAACACCGAUGGCAUUCAGGUCCUAUGCAACUCUUUCGCCUUUGUUUGCCAGCUGUCAUCAAAUCAAAGAUAAGCAUAGGGAAGAAGUUCAAUUUGAUAUUCCUCUUCUUCCUACUGAGGAAGCUGAUCUUGCCCUUCUACUCAUUCACACUCUUUUGCAUCAUCUUGCCAAUGACCAUGUUCGUGCCGGAGGCAGAGCUUCCUGCAUGGGUUGUCUGCUACAUACCCGCAACGAUGUCGUUCCUCAACAUUCUUCCGGCGCCCAAGUCGUUUCCGUUUAUCGUUCCUUACCUUCUCUUUGAGAACACAAUGUCCGUGACCAAGUUCAACGCCAUGGUCUCGGGUCUGUUUCAGCUAGGGAGUGCGUACGAAUGGGUUGUCACGAAGAAAUCAGGGAGGUCGUCGGAAGGAGAUCUUGCUGCUCUGGUUGAGAAAGAAGGAGUGAAGACGAAGCAUCAUCAGAGAGGCGUCUCUGCGCCGGAGACAGAGGCUGAGAAGAAAGCUCAGAAGAAGAACAAGAAGAAGAAGCAUAAUCGGAUAUACAUGAAGGAGCUGUCGCUGGCGUUUCUGUUGUUAACGGCUGCAACGAGAAGUCUGUUGUCGGCUCAAGGAAUCCAUUUUUACUUCCUCUUGUUUCAGGGGAUAUCAUUCUUGUUGGUGGGUCUAGAUCUUAUUGGAGAGCAAGUUGAAUGA